AUGGCCGGUAGAGGUAGAAGAGCUGGAAUCACCAAUGACCUCCUAAAGCGAAUGACCCAAGUUCUAGAGGCCUUGGUGCAUAACCAAGAUGGAGAGCCAGCUAAGUAUAGAGGGUUGUCUGCCUUCACUAGGCACAACUCUCCAAAGUUUGAAAGGAAGUUUGACCUUGAAGAAGCCCAGAGAUUGGUAGCAGAUAUGGAGAAAAUCUUCCAUGCAAUGGGGUGUAGGGAAAAGAACAAGGUGACCUACACCACCUACAUGAUAUAUGGGGAGGCAGAAGACUGGAAAUCGAAAGUUGACAUUAACGGAAUGUUCUACGUUCAUCAGCACAAACCUGCAUUCUGUGAGUUGUUCAUUAUUUGUGAAGGGAAACAUGUUUCACCUCGUAUGAAGAAUGAUGAGAUAAUGAUGGAGGAUGUUGAUGGGGUCAAGGUUGCCAAAAUGAGAGAGAAGAUAAAUUUUAAGGAUUGGUUAGAGAGAAUGUUCAUUGAUAAAACCGUUGAUUCCCAACAUACAGGUUCUAGUGAAUCAUUUACUUUCUCUACAAAUUUGGAGCCCCAUCUUAACCAAAACCAAUGGGAAUUUUCUUUCCAAGAAGUUGAAAAUUAUUUACAAGAAUUAAUGUCUUUAAAUUCAGAAGAAGGAAGUUAUGUCCAAGACAACGAGGUCUCCCCCAUGAUUAGUCCAAUAGAGCCAUAUGCCAAAGAAUGUAACAAUUCUAAUAAUAAGAGUGCAGCAGAAAAUAUUGAGAUCCUCAGAGAGAAACUGAAUGAAGCUUACAAAACCAUCCAAAUGAAGAGGAAAGAAGACGUGACAAAUAUGGAGAGACAUGAAAAGGCUGAAUGGGCUAUUUAUUUAUGUAACCGUCGGGAAGAACUGGAAUCUCUAAGAAAGGAAGAAGUGACAAGAAGGGAAGAACUAGAGAAGGAACUGGAUGCAGAAAAAGAACAACUUGAUGAAAUUAGAAUGGAUGUUGAAGAGAGCAAAAAACAGCUUAGUGCAGUGGUUGAGGAGCAAUCAGUGCUCCAAAACAGGCUUCAUAAUUGCACACUGGCAGUGUCAGAAGCUGAAACCAUAGUAGGGAAAAUAUUGGCUGAAAGGACAGAGAUGCUUAUGGAGAUAAAUGAUCUAAGGAGACAAAGGGAUGUGCUGAAUAGAAGGAUUAAGUUUUUCAAAGAAAAAGAUGCCACAAGAAUGAGUGUUAGGCUAACGGAGAAGAGUUGUAAUUUCAGAGAGUACACCAAGGAAGAGAUGACCUUGGCCACCCAUAAUUUUUCAGAGCAUUUGAGGUUGAAACCUUGUGGGAAUUCGACCAAUGUCUAUAGAGCACAAAUGAACCAUUCCACUGUUGCAAUCAAGAUACUCAAUUCUGAUUCUGCCCUGUCCCAACCAGAUUUCCAAGCCAAGGUGAGGUCCCUUGGUAGUAUUCGGCAACCUCAUCUGGUUGCCACUGUGGGCUUCUGCUCUGAGCCCAAAUGCAUAGUUUUAGAAUACAUGCAAAAUGGAAGCUUGGAAGAAAUGUUAUUUUGUAAAAGAGGCCGGGCCUUAAGCUGGCGUGAUUGCAUAAGGAUAGCCAUAGAAGUGUGUUCUGGGCUCCUCUUUCUAAAUUCAGCUCAGUCUAGGCCCAUUAUUCAUUGUCAUCCUUCCCCUUCCAAAAUUCUCCUAGACUGCAAUCAUGUUGCAAAGAUCACAGGGUUUGGGCUUUAUGGGUGCAGUGAUGAAUGCAAAGUCAAGUCAGAUAUGGAGGCAAUAGGAGUUGUGUUGCAAAAUCUAUUGACUGGAAGAAGAAAUUUGGUAGCAAUGGAUACAAAGGUUUUUUAUGAUGAGAUUGGUGAACAUUGGCCAUUGGAUGUAGCUAGAGAAAUGGUGGGCUUAACAAUGAGGUGCAUGUUCAUGAACUGUGGGCCCAAUGGAGAAAUGAGCAUUGCAAGAGUCAAGGAGGAACUCAAUCUGAUCAGAAGAAAGGGUGAUGACAUGGUUGCUAAGGUAGGAGGGAGGGUUAUCAUUCAUGGGAAUCUAAAUGGACAAUACUCCAGUGAUGUGCCUAGUAUUUUUAUUUGCCCUAUCCUUCAGAAGAUAAUGAAAAAUCCACAUGUGGCAGCAGAUGGGUUUUCUUAUGAGCUAGAAGCAAUGGAAGAGUGGUUGCGAUCAGGGCAUGACAUAUCACCCAAAAAGCUAAGGCUGAAGCACAGAUUACUUACCCCUAAUCAUACCCUUCGUUCCCUAAUUGAGGACUGGCAAAGCAUGAGAUCAACUAAAGUUUCAAUGUAA